AUGCGCCCCUCAUUGGGUGAUCUCGGAGCUUUCUGGAGUAAGUUGGAUGUGCGUUUUCCUCACUCGCAUCCCGAAAGCACAUCAAACCUGUUACAAUGGGGAAGCUCAGGAAAAACCACUUUGGAAUUUUGACAUUUUUGUUCUUUUUUACUUUUAUCUGCUGUGUGCAAAGCGCCAAAGAUCUGAGGGAUCCCAGUAAUAUGCCGCUGGUUAAAGACACGGUCGACAGACUGAUGAAAGGCUACGACAUUAGGUUGAGGCCAGAUUUCGGAGGUGCGCCGGUGGCAGUGGGGAUGAACAUAGACAUAGCCAGCAUAGACAUGGUGUCUGAAGUCAAUAUGGACUACACGCUGACCAUGUACUUCCAGCAGGCCUGGCGGGACAAGCGUCUGUCCUACUCUGAGAUAGCCCUCAACCUGACGCUGGAUAACAGGGUAGCCGACUCGCUCUGGGUUCCCGACACCUACUUCCUCAACGAUAAAAAGUCCUUCGUCCACGGCGUCACGGUCAAGAACAGAAUGAUCCGACUGCACCCGGACGGCACCGUGCUCUACGGACUCCGGAUCACCACCACAGCAGCCUGUAUGAUGGAUCUGAGGCGGUACCCUCUGGAUGAACAGAACUGCACACUGGAGAUCGAGAGCUAUGGCUACACCACUGAUGACAUUGAGUUCUACUGGCGAGGGGGAGAUGGAGCUGUGUCUGGGGUGGAGAGAAUAGAGCUGCCUCAGUUCUCUAUCGUGGACUACAAACUGGUCUCCAAGAAUGUGGUCUUCUCUACAGGUUCCUACCCCCGCCUGUCUCUGAGCUUCAAGCUGAAGAGGAACAUCGGCUACUUUAUCCUCCAGACCUACAUGCCCUCUAUCCUGAUCACCAUCCUGUCCUGGGUCUCCUUCUGGAUCAACUACGAUGCCUCCGCUGCCAGAGUGGCCCUGGGUAUCACUACGGUGCUGACCAUGACCACCAUCAACACCCAUCUGAGAGAGACGCUGCCUAAGAUCCCCUACGUCAAGGCUAUAGACAUGUACCUGAUGGGCUGCUUUGUAUUCGUCUUCCUGGCCCUGCUAGAGUACGCCUUCGUCAACUACAUCUUCUUUGGACGGGGGCCCCAGAGGCAGAAGAGGGCCGCCGAGAAACUAGCCGUCGCCAACAAUGAGAAACUCCGACCCGACCCCAAUAAGUGGAUGGUGGGAAAUGUAGUUCAGAGAGAUGAUGCUCUGUAUGCCAGAAUGAAACAGAGGGAAAUUGACGCGUAUGACACGAUGUGGGAUCCCAUCUUUGUGGACGAUGCCGCAUUAGGACUAGGCGAGCAAAGAAAUAAGAUUACCACCUCCCUGACUGAUGAUAACAUCCUGUUUGGUUCCCUGGAGAUGAAGAACGAGAUGGGGGGUGUUCCUCCUGAGCUGUCCAGGUCCCUGGGCGCUGGGGGUCUGGGCGACCCCCGCAACACCAUGCUGGCCUACGACAGCUCCACGCUGCAGUACCGUAGGGCCGCCAUGGCCCGCCAGAACUACGGUGGAGGCCCCCACAGUGCCCUGGAGCGCCACGCCACCCAGAAGAAGUCCCGCCUACGGAGACGGGCCUCGCAGCUCAAGGUCAACAUCCCUGACCUGGCUGAUGUGAACUCCAUCGACAAGUGGUCCAGGAUGAUCUUCCCUACUGUGUUCUCCUUCUUUAACGUGGUCUACUGGCUGUACUAUGCACACUGAGGAGAGAUGGAUGGAGGGAUAUCAUGGAGACGAGAGAGAGAGAGAGAGAGAGAGAGAGAGAGAGAGAGAGA